AUGCUGGGCCAAAUUAGUCACUCUCCGUCUCUCUAUCUCAAAGCCGAUCCGCAGCAAAGUUUGCGCGAAGAUGACAUCAAAAGGAAACCACACACCGGGGUGGCGCCGCCCGUGACCCCCCCAUCCCCACACUCAAUCCGCCGUGUCGCUCGCUGUCUUAUUGACACGCGACUGACGACUAGCAACUCGCCAACGCCGCCCUCUCCCGGAUACAUCACGUCUCAACUCCUGGAGGAAACUUUAAUCCGCGCCCCUCGACCAGACCUCCGCACCUAUCGUGCCCUCGGCGCGGAACUCGCGACACCGAUGGCGAACAAUCUCGAUUCGGAA